GUAUUUUCAAAUUUUUUUUCCUAAAAAACGUCAAAAAUACAAAAAAAUACCUUCUCCGAGUAAAAAUCUACAUGAAAAGUGUCACAAUUAAAAAAAAAUGGAUGAAAAAUACGAAUUUCCUUCGAAAUUCAAAAAAUUACAAAAGUACGGCACGGAAAAAUGGGCGUGUCUUAGCGCCAAGUUCGCGGUAAUUCAAAUUCCAAAAAUUGUCAGAGCAGUUCUGUCGAUUUACGCGGCCCGUGUACUCCUCGUGGAGAAGUGUGCAUUUGUUUUCAGAAGAUCCUGCAUUUCUUGGCUUAAACCCCUACGGUAGCCGGUCUCGACACGAAAAUUGUUGUAAAGUGCAAAACAAGUAUGCGCCUUUAAGGAUUACUGUAUUUUCAAAAUUUCUUCAUCGAUUUUUCAUAGUGUUCCGAAUAAAUUUUUAAAAAUCUAAAAUAAAAUUCCCAUUUUCCGUAAAACUACAGUAAUCUUUAAAGGCGCACACCUUUUCAAAUUUAACAAAAAUUUUAAAAAAUCACAAAAUUUCACGUCUCGGAAAUAAAUAAAAAUUUUCAGCCAUUCAACAGCAAUUUCUACUUUGGACCGGCGACAGCUUCAACUCUUCAACCAUUCCAACUACAACCUCCGGCUCUUCAAUUCACACACUCGUUCAACUUCACCGCAUUACCCUCUACUUCUGCACCAUUCCCACCGGCUCCUUCUGCUGCUGCUCCAGCACCUUCCCCGUUCAGCCAAAUGGGACCUGUUGGACCAAUGGCUCCACGAUAUACUGAUCCGAUCACCGUGUACGAUUACAAUGAUGAUGAUGAUACUUCGUUGAGUGAUCUGUCGAAUAGUUCGAAAAGUGAUAUUUCUGAUGAUCUCAAGUGAAACAUGAAUAAUCUACUUAUAGAAAUGUGUGAAUAUUUUUUUUUGGAUUUCCAAUGCGUGUAACAUUCGUCUUUUUAUGUUUUUUUUCAAAUUCACAAUUAAACAAUAAAUCAUAUUACUUGUAUUUCGAGGAGCUGGACACAGGGUCUUGACACGACAAUUUUAAAUAUUUACUUACGGACUUUUUUCAAUAAAUAAUUAUAUUUUCAAUGAAAAGCUAAUGUUCGAAAUCACAAAGGAGCACAACCAAUUCAAAAUCAGCGCUGAUUUUUUGUUCAAUUUUCCGUCUUUUUUUCCUGAAUUUUACGAAGUUUUCUGCAGUUUUUGUCAUGUUUUACAGCAAAAAAACCAUAUAAUCUUGAAAAAAAUAGCUGCAACAAAACGCGCUCCAUUGACAAAAUCUCAAGUUACUGUAGGCAAUCUGCAAAUUUGCGCCGCGGUGUUUGCGGCCUCCGCUCAUAUUAAAAAAAAUAUUUUAAAAAUUAUUCUUUAAAUUUUAAACCGUUUUACAAAGUUUUUUUCUUCAUUUUUCAAUCUUUUUUCUUCGAUUUUUCCAAUUUUUAAUAUAAAUUUUUGCCGAAAAUGCUUAUAAAUAUUUAUUUUCAGGUUUCUGGCAAUGGAUAACUUCACAAUUUGGGUUGACGCUCCCACUGAAGCACUUAUUGAGACACCAGUUGAUGACCAAUCGUCAGGCUUUCUUCGCGAUGAGAUCAUGCUCACACAGCAAUACGUUCUUGAGAAGCUUGACGAGCAGACUGAGCAAGAUAAAGGCGAGCAAACUGAUGAGCAGGCGGCGAAAUCUCGCGAGCUGGCUUCUCAAGUUCAAACCGAGUCGCAACGAAUGCAUGAUAUAAAGAAGGAGCUUAACGUAUUCAAAGAGUCGUGCAAGUCGAUCGAAUUGCAACUUGUCUCUGUCAAAAAAAGCAUCCCAGAUCGCACCAAGCUACAAUCAGGCGAAAAGGAGAAAAGUCUUAAUGAAGCGGAUUAUGAGUUAUCCAAAUUCGAAGAUUUGUUGUCUAGUCGUGAAAGAGAGCUCACUAAGAUAAUUCAACGCGAACAAUCUCGUAAUAACGGAGAAGCUAAAAAUGAGUGCAAGAGGCUUCGUGAAAUGAUCAUGGCAGCCAAGCAGAAACAUGAAAAAUUGGUGGAGCUGAAUUCGUCGUGCGCAAUGAUGCAAGCGAAAUACGAUGAAAUGAUAAUUCGCCAAGAUCAAGACCGAGAAGCGCUCGAAGAGGGAAAACUGAAUCUCAAAGCAUCAGAGGAGAAGUUGGAGCAAAUGAGGGAAGAUUGCGUCACACUCCGUUCUCAGCUAUUUCAAUUCGAAGCAAGCCGUUCGCAAGACAAAACGACUGAAAUUGAAAAGGAAAUCGAAAAGAUCACAGCGGAGACUGCAAAAGUUCGAGUGGAAAAUGAACAGCUGAAAGCUUCCCUCUCAAAGAUCAAGGAGGAUACGAAAAUAUUAAAAUUGAAGUAUGAGGCACGUCAACAAGAAGACAUCGAGAAUAAGAAAUUGAUUGAAGAGCGCAAAAGAUCAAUUAUCGAACUUCUUCGUCGAAAAAUUGCUGAAAAGAAGAAAUCAAAUACAGUUAAAGGAUCAGAUCGAAAGAAAAUCACCAGUCUCAAAAAAGCAAUUGCUAAAGAACAAGAGAAGCUAGAGAAAGGAAAGAAGGAACUGGAGCAGCUCCAAUCUUCAAAAACGGAGAGUGAUCUUGAAGAAGAGAUCUCUGCUAUGCAGUUGGAAAUCAAUGACUAUGAUAAGCAAAUCAAGGACGCCGCCAAGGAACACGAGAAGUUGUUCAAUCAAAUUAAAGAACAACGUGCUGCAAACGGCGAUCAAUUUAACGACACCAUCGAUAUCGUGGAAUCCGACUAUUCAGAUCGAGUAGUUCCGCCGCAGCCAAGUGUAGAAGUUACUCCAGUACACCGACAAGUGUCUCAUGAUGUAUUCUCGGCGCCAUUGAUGACGAGCACACCACUUACCGCAGCUACCAGACCGUUGAAACGAACUCGUGCGGCCGAUCGUCUUAAAACGAGAGCCGAAGCUCAUACUGCAGAUGUUCGCCGAAAGAGAGGAGGGAAGAAAUAAUGUGUGUGUGGGGAAGAAACGACUAUGUACCAUUUCAAUCUUGUGCUAUUUUUUUUUGUGUUUUUAGAGUUUUAUAUAAAGUAAUUUGCGGCAA